AGCGGCCGACAUGGCGAGCCCCGGGAGUCACGUAGGUGCCGUAGCGUUACUGGUGCUGUUGCUUUGCCGGGUUCCCUGGACCCACGGGCGUCGGAGCAACGUGCGCGUCAUCACGGACAAAAACUGGAGAGAGUUGCUGGAAGGAGAGUGGAUGAUAGAAUUUUUUGCUCCAUGGUGUCCUGCUUGUCAAAAUCUUCAACCAGAAUGGGAAAGUUUUGCUGAAUGGGGAGAAGAUCUUGAGAUCAAUGUUGCAAAAGUAGAUGUUACAGAGCAGCCAGGUCUGAGUGGACGAUUUAUCAUAACUGCUCUUCCUACUGUUUAUCAUUGUAAAGAUGGUGAAUUUAGGCGCUAUCAGGGCCCACGGACUAAGAAUGACUUCAUAAACUUUAUAAAUGAAAAAGAAUGGAAGAAUAUUGAACCUGUUUCAUCAUGGUUUGGUCCAGGUUCCAUUCUGAUGAGUAGUAUGUCAGCACUCUUUCAGCUAUCUAUGUGGAUCAGGACUUGCCAUAACUAUUUUAUUGAGGACCUUGGAUUACCGGUAUGGGGAUCAUAUACAGUUUUUGCUUUAGCAACUCUGCUUUCAGGACUAUUAUUAGGACUUUGUAUGAUAUUUUUGGCAGAUUGCCUUUGUCCUUCAAGAAGACGCAGACCGCAGCCAUACCCUUCAAAAAAAUUAUUACCAGAAUCUUCUCAACCUUUGAAAAAAGUGGAGGAGGAACAUGAGGCCGAUGAUGAAGACGUUUCAGAAGAGGAAGCUGAAAGGAAAGAAGGAACAAACAAAGACUCUUCUCAGAAUGCCAUAAGACAGCGCUCUGUGGCUCCUUCAUUGGCCACAGAUAAAUCAUAGUUAAUUUUUAUAAAUAUCUUAAUAUGAUUUGGACAAAAACAGAAGAUUAAUCAUUUCUUUUGGUUUGAAGUGAACUGUGACUUGUACACUGCAAGACUCAGUCUAUAUUGUCAUUAGAUUGAAAGGUCUGCCUCCAGAAAAUAAAAGUAUAGCACUAUGUAAAAUAUUUGAAAUAGGAUAUAACCACAGUAGGGUGGUUUAAACAGUUCUAUAAUAUUUUGAAAAAUCUGGUGCCAAGCAAUAAGAUUUGUGUAUGUUUGUUUAAUAAUAACCUUUUUCAUAAUAAAAUUUUUCUGAGUUGAAAAGUUAUACUUCCCAAUUGCAUUAUUGAGGUAUUUAAGGAAAUUACUUUAGAGAAAAAGAUUUCUCAUUGGAUAAAAUUUUUCUCAGUUUCACUAUGUGAAAAAAAAAAUUUCCCAUAAAUGGGAACUUUGCCCAUUGUCUCAAAAAAUAGUAUUUCAGUGACAACUCUGUGGUCCUUUUAGAGAUGCGGUCCAAAAAUUUCCUCAUAUUUUUAAAUUGCGCAACUAAUAAAAACAACCUUAUUUUAAUUGGUUAUUUUACACAUAGAUAUGCUACUGAUUUAGGCAGUUUUUAUAAGUCCAUAGUGUUGUCUGGAUUCCUAUAAAGGUUGGUUGCCUUGUUUGUUCCUCUGUUCAGUGUAUUUUUCUUAAACACGGGUUACAUUUUUUUUUUUUUAAAUAUAUCUUUAUUGAUUUCAGA